AUGGCUCAACCUCCUCUUCCCGACUUGUCGAACGCCAUUGUGGCGCAGGAUGAAAUGGGUAGACCGUUCAUCAUUGUGCGUGAUCAGGGCAAAAAGCAGAGAAAGCACGGCCUCGAGGCCACAAAGUCUCAUAUUUUGGCCGCCAGAGCAGUGGCAACCAUUGUCAAAACCUCAUUGGGUCCCCGUGGCUUGGAUAAGAUCUUGGUCAGUCAGGAUGGUGACAUCACCAUCACAAAUGAUGGAGCCACCAUCUUGUCCCAGAUGGACUUGGAUAACGAGAUCGCAAAGUUGCUUGUUGAGUUGUCCAAGUCUCAGGACGAUGAAAUCGGAGAUGGUACCACCGGUGUGGUGGUGUUGGCCAGCGCAUUGUUGGACCAGGCCUUGGAGUUGAUCGAGAAAGGUAUCCAUCCAAUUAAGAUCGCCAACGGUUUUGACGAGGCAUGUAAGAUUGCAUGUAAUCAACUAGAUGAGGUUGCUGACGACAUUCAUCACGGUGCUGACUCGAGCAACUCAUCGUUGUUCAAGGCUGCCAAAACAUCUUUGGGAUCUAAGAUUGUUUCUAAGGCACAUGACCACUUUGCCAACAUGGCUGUUGAUGCUGUGUUGGCUGUGGCUGAUUUGGAGAGAAAAGAUGUAGACUUCGAGUUGAUCAAGAUGGAGAGCAAGGUGGGAGGUGGAAUUGAGGAUUCUAAGCUUAUCAAGGGAGUCUUGUUGGACAAGGAGUUUUCCCACCCACAAAUGGCCAAGGAAGUGACCGACUGUAAGAUUGCCAUCUUGACAUGUCCAUUUGAGCCUCCCAAGCCCAAGACGAAGCAUAAGUUGGACAUCUCCACGGUUGAGGAGUUCAAGGUUUUACAGGAGUACGAGCACAAGAAGUUCCUUGAGAUGAUUACGCGUGUUAAAGAUUCGGGAGCAAACGUGGUUGCUUGCCAGUGGGGAUUUGAUGACGAAGCUAAUCACUUGUUGUUGUCCAACAACUUGAACGCCAUCAGAUGGAUCGGCGGCUCUGAGUUGGAGUUGUUGGCUAUUGCCACCAAUGGCCGUAUUGUGCCUAGAUUUGAGGACUUGGCUCCUGAGAAGUUGGGCCACGCUGGCACCAUCCGCGAACUCGAGUUUGGUACCACCAGAGACCGUAUGUUGGUGAUUGAGGAUUGCUCCAAUACUAAGGCCGUGACUUGUUUCAUUCGUGGUUCCAACGAGAUGAUCGUUGCUGAAGGUGUAAGAGCAUUGCAUGACUCCAUUUGUGUGGUCCGUAAUUUGAUCAGAGACAGCAGAGUGGUGUACGGAGGAGGAGCAGCCGAGUUAGCAUGUUCUAUUGCUGUUAGUUCUGCUGCUGAUAAGCAGAAGGGUAUUGACCAGUAUGCUUUCCGUGCAUUUGCCAGUGCUUUGGAUCAGAUCCCUAUGACACUUGCUGAGAACUCGGGCUUGGACCCAAUCGAGACGUUGUCUACGCUUAAAUCGAAACAGAUUCUUGAAAAGUCGUCACACCUUGGAGUUGACUGCUUGGGCAAGGGUCAUAACGACAUGAAGGAGCUUUUCGUCAUUGAUCCAUUGAUUGGCAAGAAGCAGCAAUUAUUGUUGGCCACGCAGUUGACUCGGAUGAUCUUGAAGAUCAACGACGUGAUCAUCAGUGGAAAGGACGAAUACUGA